AUGCAGAGCCAGAGUAGAGUCGCCCAUAGAGCUGUUAUUCUAGCGUGCUUCAGCCUUUUGUGCCUUACAAAAGGAGUGAGCGCGUUUAUAAGCAGUAAUGGGUUGAGCAACUACACGUUCCCAAACGAUUUUGUGUUUGGGGUCGCUACGGCUGCAUAUCAAAUUGAGGGCGGUUGGAACGAAGAUGGCAAAGGCGAAAAUAUGUGGGACACCUAUUUACAUAAACAUCCAAAAUUUACAGUAGAUCAUUCGAACGCAGAUGUGGCAGCAGACUCUUAUCAUCAAUAUAAGCAAGAUAUAAUUAUGGUACAAUCUCUCGGAGUCAAAUAUUAUCGACUAUCAAUGUCUUGGCCAAGGUUGCUGCCAAAUGGAACUGACAAUCACAUAAAUUACAAAGGUGUCAAAUAUUACCGUAACCUAUUCGAAGAGCUGCUAAAAGUUAACAUAACCCCCGUAGUUACGCUUUUCCAUUGGGAUCUGCCGACACCCUUAAUGGAUUUAGGUGGGUGGACUAAUCCAAAAAUGGCGGAUUAUUUUGAAGAUUACGCAAGAGUAGCGUUCACGCUAUUUGGUGAUAUUGUCAAGAUUUGGACAACUAUGAACGAAUUACAUCAACAUUGUUAUAACGGCUACGGUGGUAACUUAUUUGUACCAGCUAUACGUUCACAUGGUCUUGGAGAAUAUUUAUGUGGGCAUUACAUGCUCUUGGGACACGCUCGAGCUUAUCGGUUGUAUGAUAAAGAAUUUCGACCGAAACAAAAAGGUAAAAUUGGCUUAACAUUAGAUUCAUAUUGGGCAGAACCUAAAGAUGAAAAUAAAAAGGAAGAUCGAGACGCAGCAGAACGGUACUUACAAAUGCAUCUGGGGAUGUAUGCUCAUCCAAUUUACUCUGAAGAAGGAGAUUAUCCAGAAUUUGUUCGUCAAAGAAUAGAUAACAACAGCCUCCAUCAAGGAUAUCCAAGAUCUCGUUUACCAGUUUUUACUCCGGAAGAAAUUGAGUUGGUGCGUGGAAGCUCAGAUUUCUUCGGAAUUAAUCAUUACACAACAUAUUUAAUGUCACCAUCAUCUAUGGAACCUACUUGGAAAGUUCCUUCCAUGGAUCACGAUACUGGUGUAAAGGCCGAGCAAGACCCUCAGUGGCCUAUCCCAGGAGCUGAAUGGUUAGCGGUCUAUCCACCAGGUUUUAGAAAACUCCUUAAUUGGAUAACCAAAAACUAUGGAACUAAAAUACCUAUCAUCGUAACGGAAAAUGGAGUAUCAGAUUCAGGAGAGCUAAAUGAUUAUGUUCGAGUUUCCUACUAUAAUAAAUAUCUCUAUCAACUGCUGUUAGCAAUACAUGAAGAUAAAUGCAACAUACGUGGCUACUUUGCGUGGACACUCAUGGACGAUUUUGAAUGGAUUGAUGGAUUCACUGUUAAAUUUGGACUCUUCCACGUAGACUUCAAAAGUCCAGAAAAAACGAGAACACCUAAACUUUCAGCCCUAAAUUAUGGAGAAAUUGUGCGUACAAAGCGAAUUAAUUUUAAUUAUAUAAAAAAACCUUCAUACAAAUUCAAUGAUUUA